CAGCGCAGUUCUUGUGUUCUUCGCUUCUCGUUCAGCUUACUCAGCUCGAUCGAUCGAUCUCACCGUGCGUUUCGCGCAUCUCCGUGUCGUGGUUGGUUAGUGUGUUUGAGAUUAAGUUAGCAAUGGCGGCCGCUACCAUGGCGCUGAGCAGCUGCUUCGCCGUCGCCGCCGGGGCGCCGUCGCAUGUCGUCGUCGGUGCCGGCCGUGCUGCGGUGUGCUUCCCUCGCCGACGUGCCGUGGCCGUCGUCGUCAGGGCCCAGUCCGAGCCGGAUGUGGAGCCGACGGAGCAGCAGCAGGAGGCGGCCGCGUCGUCUCCGGCGACCCCGAGCCCGGCGGCCAAGCUGCCCAAGGCGGCGAAGAAGCCGAGCACGAAGCUGUCGGACGUGCUGGCGUUCAGCGGGCCGGCGCCGGAGCGGAUCAAUGGCCGCCUCGCGAUGGUGGGCUUCGUGUCGGCGCUGGCCGUGGAGGCGUCCCGCGGCGGCGGCCUCCUCGACCAGGCCGGCAGCGGCAGCGGGCUGGCGUGGUUCGCCGCCACCGCCGCCGUGCUCUCCGCGGCGUCGCUGGUGCCCCUGCUCCGCGGCGAGAGCGCCGAGGGCAGGAGCGGCGCCGUGAUGAGCGCGGACGCCGAGCUCUGGAACGGGCGGUUCGCCAUGCUCGGCCUCGUCGCGCUCGCCUUCACCGAGUUCCUCACCGGCUCGCCGUUCGUCAACGUAUAAACUAAUUAAUUAAUUAAUCAAAUUAAGCUGUGUAUACGUACGUCUACGUACAAAUACAUGCAUGUACGUACGUAUGGAUGCAUUUGGUCCAUGUGUGCGUUGUACACUGUAGCAAGUAGUGUACCCUUGAUAGUGCUUGGUGUACUACCUCGAAAUUUUUAAAAGGAUUUCAAAUUUUAAAUUCUUGAGAAAUUUUGCGCUA